UCAACUAGGCUUCGCCUCGUUGCUUAAUAGCACGACCCACAUGACAACUUGAAGCAGGCCUGUCGCGGUCUCCUUCUGUUCUUGUUCCCUGGGCUGCUCUCGAUACACUCUCCGUCAUGGUGGCCCAACUCAGCCUAAUCGCAGUCAACCUUGCGACAGUUGCUCUUGAGAGCUGGCUCUACGGCAUAUUCUGUGUCAUUUUUGGUGCAUCGACCUAUCUGCUCAUCCGUCGUGGCCGAGAGCGCAUCCAGGGUAGCGGGCCCGUGCAGACCACCCGGUCAUUGUGGCGGACGCCUAUGUUCGUGGCAUCGUGUUUGAUCGCCUUGUCAUGCACUGCACACUGGAUAUUGACUGUAUACCGCUUGUUCGAUGCCUUCAUCACCUUCAUGGGCGGCGGCGAACCUAUCAUCGCCUAUGCAGACCUCUCCAGGAAAUCAGAGGUCGCUAAGACCGCCUUCCUCAUCAUUACAGUGCUCAUCUCCGAUGCGAUGAUAAUACACCGUUUAUAUAUUGUAUGGAGCUACAACAAGGCAAUAAUCGUCUUUCCUAUCUUGACAUGGGGUGCAUUGGUCGCGUGCGGCAUUGGCAUCUGCUGGCAGUUCGCGCAUUACACCCUGGGGGAGAAUGUCUUCGAGACUGCAGCAGGACGCUGGAUAACGAGCGACUGUGUGUUUAGCUUUGUCACGAACGUUUACUGCUCUCUGCUGAUUGCAUGGCGCGUAUGGCGCACAACCGUCUCCGCGCCUGCCUACGGCGGUCCUAACAUCAUGGGCGCGCUCGCCAUUAUCAUUGAGUCAGCCGCCAUACAGUCGGUGUGGAACCUUUUCUUCUUCAUUACCUACCAAGCCAAGAGCAACCUGCAAUUCACCACCAUCGACAUGUGGGUGCCCAUAUGCGGCAUAUCGCUCACGCUCAUCAACCUGCGUGUCUCGCUCGGCUGGGCGCACCAGGCGCACAUCUCGGGGUCAUCUGGGGGGCCGCGCAUGACCACGCAGGUGCGCUCAUUCGAGUCGAUGAACCAGAGCUACGGCAUGCGCUCGCUGGCGGUAAAUAUCACGCAAGAGGUCGACGCGGAAGAUCAUCGUUUCCCGGGAGAGAAGCCAAUUAACUACAGGCGCACAAGCAAGGACAGUAACGUAUCUGUAUGAGCAAGAUCAUCCCCUUGGAUUAUUGAGACUUUAUUGUACCAGGAUGUCAUGAGUCAUGGCGUUCGUAAUGAACCCGUUAUACCACACCAUAAGUCCCUCUAUAUAUGGAGGCUCACACCCACGACUCUGUAUUCUAUCUGCGAAACACGAUUCGGGUACGGACAAUCAAAGACUAGUAGGCUGUGCCAAGGAACAAUGAUUGGGAUGGAUUUCGAGAUGGCACGCAUCUUCAGGCUUUCCGAUGUCUCAUCCAAGUCUCAUCUCAUGGCCCCUA